AUGGACAGUGAAAAACACUACAAUUACUCAUACCUCUGUGGCUUCGAGAGCAGAUACUCCGACUGGUACAUGGAACCUGUGGAGCAGGACACUCCGGCAUCUCCAAAACCCUUUAUCGACUUCGGGUGCGGUUUUAUUGGCCAGGAUGCUGGCCGGAUACAGAGUUGUUUGUCCAUCAUUGUGAUACCUGCACUGCACGAAAGGGGCCAACUCAGUGCCCGCGAGUGCCACUACAGCAAUACCAGUUUGGCCUACGUGGACCCUCACCAAAGCACCACUACCACAGCAGACAAGCUAGUGGAUGAGGUGUUCAGCUGGUUUGGGGUACCUGAGGAACUACACAGUGACCAGGGGGGGAACUUUGAGGCUAAGGUGUUCCAGAAGCUGGAGGCGUCUGAGAACAAGCACAACUCUGAGUAUGUCGUAGAGGACAGAGAGUGUGCUGUGUUUGGACAAGAGGAAGAGGAAACCUUUGAAUUUGACAGUGAUGAUGAUGAGGAACACAUCCCUCUGUGUGUUCGGCCUGUUGAUGCCAUUCAGCAGAAGUUGUGUUUAGAUGCUCUUCAAGCCAUCAGCAUGGAGGACACUGUGCAUGACAUUCUAGACACAGAGUCAAUGGAAUCUCAACCGGCACCAGAAGUAAUUAAAGUCCAGUGUGAGGAUGACAUCGUUGAACAUCUUGCAGCCAUAACUUAUCACACAUGUUUAAAACAACUUGCUGAGUAUCUGUUGCUGCCAAUCCCCGUGUGCACAGAGAAAGACCCACUGACAUUAGUAGAAUGUCAGGCCCCUGGACCAUUCCAGAUCCUUAUCAAAUCCAGAGGAACGGGUGUCAUCAUGACAUGGAUCUGUCGUAACAAUCACUGUGUGUGGCAGUGGAACUCACAGCCUUCUUUCAAGUAUGGGAUGCAAGCUGGGGACUUCCUUUUGGCAUCAAACAUAAUCCUGUCUGGCAACAACUAUAACAAAAUUGCAUUGCUCUUCAAGUUUAUGAAUAUGCGAGUAGUGGAUCGGUGUACAUUUUUUAAAAUACAGGACACAUAUUGUGUAGAUAUCAUCAAAAAGUUUUGGGACCAAAAAAGAGCUGAAGUUGUUUCCAGACUGCAGUCAAAGGACAAUGUUGUAGUACUUGCUGAUGGGCGUAUGGACAGUCCUGGGUUUUGUGCUCAGUACUGCACCUACAC